AUGGCCACCGUCCGAAUAUGCAUCUGCGGUGACGAGAGCGUCGGCAAAAGCUCCCUCCUGACCUCGCUCGUCAAAGACACCUUCGUCACAGCCAAGAUCCAAUCCGUCCUCCCGCCCAUCACACUGCCUCCCACGUUGGGCACGCCGGAAAAUGUCACGACGACAAUUGUCGAUACGUCUGCCUUGCCACAGGAUCGCGAUUCGUUGCGGAAAGAGCUGCGGAAAUGCAAUGUGAUUCUGCUGGUCUACAGCGACCACUAUAGCUAUGAGCGCGUUGCCUUGUUUUGGAUGCCACACUUCCGGUCGUUGGGAGUCAAUGUACCGGUGGUGCUGUGCUGCAAUAAGAGCGAUUUGUCUCCCGCGAUGAGCACGGCCAAGGUGAUUGAGGAUGAAAUGCUGCCUGUUAUGGCUGAAUUCAAAGAGAUCGAUUCUUGCAUAAGAACAAGUGCAAGAGAACACCACAACAUCAACGAAGUCUUCUUCCUUUGCCAGAAGGCCGUCACCCACCCGAUAGCACCCAUCUACGACGCCAAGGAGGGUGCACUGAAGCCAGCAGCUGUUGCGGCGCUCAAGCGAGUCUUCUACCUCUGCGAUAAAGACCAAGACGGCGUCCUGAAUGACAAGGAAGUGCACGAAUUCCAGAUGAAGUGCUUCGAAAAGCCAUUAUCAGACGACGACCUAGCCAACAUCAAGCGUUCGAUCAGGCGGCCUCAAGAAACCGCCGACGGCACCAUCGAAGUAGAAAAGCUUCGUGAUGGCAUUGACGUCGAUGGCUUCAUCCAGCUUAACAAAAUGUUCGCCGAGAAGGGCCGACAUGAGACCAUCUGGAUUAUCUUGAGGAAGUUCCACUACUCAGACAGCCUCUCCCUCAAAGACAACUUCCUCCACCCCAAAUUCGACGUGCCAGCCUACGCCUCCGCCGAGCUCUCCCCGGCCGGCUACCGCUUCUUCGUCGACCUCUUCCUCCUCCACGACAAAGACAACGACGGCGGGCUCAACGACUCCGAACUCGCCGCCCUCUUCGCCCCCACCCCCGGUCUCCCCUCCUCCUGGAUCGAAAACUCCUUCCCCAACUGCACCGUCCGCAACGAAGCCGGCUACAUCACCCUCCAAGGCUGGCUCGCCCAAUGGAGCAUGACGACCUUCUCCGAACCCAAAACCACCCUCGAAUACCUCGCCUACCUAGGCUUCGAAUCCUCCGACACCAAACCCACCACCACCUCCGCCCUCAAACUGACCAAACCCCGCAAACGCCGCACCAAACCCGGCGCCCGCGUCGAACGCACCGUCUUCCUCUGCUACGUCCUCGGCGCCCCGGGCUCUGGCAAAUCCUCCCUCCUCAACGCCUUCCUCGCCCGCCCCUUCAACCCCACCUACCACCCAACGAUCCAACCGCAAACCGCCGUCAACGCCGUCGAGCUCUCCGAAGGCGGCAAACAAUGCUACCUCAUCCUCUCGGAGCUCGGCGAGCUCGAACCCGCCAUCCUCGACAACCCCGCCAAACUCGACGCCUGCGACCUCCUCUGCUACGUCUACGACUCCUCCGACCCAGACUCCUUCACGCACAUCCUCGACACCCGCGCGAAAUACCCCGCCCUCGCCGCCCUCCCCGCCGUCUACGCCGCCCUGAAAGCCGACCGCGACCGCGCCGUCCAGCGCACCGAGCUCCAGCCGGACGUCUACUGCGAGGGACUCCGCAUGUCCAAACCCCUGCAUGUGUCGGUGAACUGGAAGAGCAUCGCGGAGUUCUUUGUGCAUCUCGCCGAGUGUGCGACGUUUCCGGCGCAGGCGUUUCCGAAGGCCAGCGAGGAGGAGGAGAAGGCGGCGUUGCAGGGGACGGCGGUGUAUUUGGGUGUCGGGGCGACGGUGGCGGUCGCGGCAGCGUUUGCGUGGGUGUGGAAGAGGAAUUUGUUGUCUGCUGGGUCGAAUGGGGCGGGUGGGACGUAA